UACGGGCUACGAGGAGCACGCGCGCCGAUUCAUCGGCCGAUCGCGCCACGAAACUCGCUCGCUAGCUAGCUAGCUCGAUUGCUUGCUAGCUCGCUCUGCUCUGCUCUCCUCUGGUCUCUUCUGUUCCGUUCUAUUCUGUUCUGUUCUGUUCUGUUCUGUUCUGUUCUUUUCUGUUCUCUUUUGUUCUGUUACGUUUUGCUUUUCUCUGUUCACCUCUGUUCUUCUCUAAUCACCUCUCCUCUGUUCCAUUCUGUUCUCCUAUCUGUUCUGUUCUGCUCGCGUCGCUUGAUCUCUUCGUACGCGCGUGAGUCUGCCGGAAACGAAGACGUUUUGCCACCGCCAAGCGGUUUACAAGAGUCAACUCGCGAUAUAACCAUCGCGCGCCUUCUAUCCUCAGUUGUCUUCUCAUCUCAUUUCUUCACUUAUCUUCUCCUUGUCUUGUCUUGUCUUGUCUUGUCCUGUCUUGUCUUGUCUUGAAGUUUGCGAGAAGUAUUUUAGUCUUCGCACCGGCAAUCAACGAAGUUCUCUUUCUCUCUCUCUCUCUCUCUCUCUCUCUCUCUCUCUCUCUCUCUGUCUGUCUUUCUCUCUCUCUUUCUCUAUCUAUCUAUCUACCUAUCUCUAUCUCUAUCUUUCGAAAUAUUUUAAUUCUUCUUUCUCGAUCACAGUUUCUCUCGGUACAGUUGUGAGAUGACACGAGAGUAAAGCCGGUGUGUUGUAUUUGUUAUCUAUCGCGAACAGUGUGUCCUCUUGUGAAUAAUUGGAUAAUAUCGAUAGAUAAGGAAAUAGAGAAAAAGGAGUAAGAAUAGUUAGAAAAAAAAGAGAAAGAAGAAGAAAAAGAGGAAAAAGAAGAAGAAGAAGAAGAAAAAGAAGAAGAAGAAGAGAAAGAAGAAGAUUAUAAAAGAGUGUGAUCUUUCGUUCGUUCGUUCGUUCGUUCGUCCUAAGUGCCGACGCGACGUGGACGCGAGGAAUCCGACGGCGUGCGUGACAUGUGCGAUCGUUUCUCCCGAAAGUGGUCCUCCUCUUCCUCAACGUCGUCUUCGCCGUCCUCGUCGUCUACAUUCUUAUCUUCAUCCUCAUUGCUACCGACCUAUCUUGGUCUAAGGAGAAGAGGAAAGAGAAGAAGAAGAAGAGGUAUAGAAGAGAGUCGCUUCGGGGAAUCGAAGAAGCAGGAAGCAGGAGAAGAAGAAGAAGAAGAAAAAGAGGAAGAGGAAGAAGAAAAAGAGGCAGAAGAAGAAGAAGAAGAAGUAGAAGAAGUAGAAGAAGAAAAAGGUGGUGCGUGGAGGAACGGAACGAUAAGGAUAACAUCCGGCGGCGCGACAGGUUGAAAAGAUGCUGGCACUCGCGAUGCGCCGCGAACAUACGACCGGCCGCAGCAAUUACGAGCCCGCGAAUCCGCUUGCGGCAUUCGAGCACCUGCAGCACGCGGCACCGACCGGCAACCCCUUCGAGGGCCGCGUGCGCGAAGUCGUACCUCCACCUCCACCCCCAACAGACUCCGAGGGUGAAUUGCAAGAGUUCGUCGACAUCGCGCAGGUCCAACAACUUCUGCAACAACAACAACAACAACAGCAACAGCAGCAACAGCAGCAGCAGCAGCAGCAGCAUCAACAUCAUCAACAUCAUCAGCAUCAGCAACAACAACAACAACAACAACAACAACAACAUCAACAGCAACAUAAUCAUCAGCAACAGGCUGCCGCAGCUGCAGCUGCCGCUGCCGCCGCCGCUGCCGCUGCUGCUGCCAGUGCUACUUCCUGUAUUUGGGGUGCGGUUUAUCCACCACCACCGCCGUCCCUCAGUUAUCAUCAUCAUCACCAUCAUCAUCAUCAUCCGCCGCCGACUUCGGGCGAGGACACGCAGUGCGCCAGUACCGGGACCACCGCCGCCGCCGCCAACACCACCACCGGCACCAGUAACACCGAGGAGACGACCGUCGACGCUCAGACAGGCGAUCAGCUGCUUCAGAGGAUGACGAUGGACGGCAUGGAGGUGGUGGGCUCGCAACCUCACGCGGCCACCAGCCCUUUUCUCUUAUCUUCACCUCCUUUAGGACAUCAUCAUCAUCACCAUCAUCACGCGACCUUCAAUCUACAAACGGUACAGCUAAGUUUUGACGCCUGUUUACCGUACAACGCUUCUUCCUCGACGUCGGCAUCGGUGGGCUGCGGUGUCGGCGCUACUUCGAGCCCCGCCAGCACAGCAUCCUCCUGUGCAUCCUUGGCAACAGCCUCGACCAAGACCAUACCGACCCUAUCAUUAACCUCCUGCGUGCCACUGCACUCGCAGCAUCAAAAUAACUCGUCUGACUCGUCCGAUCACUCCCACGCCCGACAUCAUCAUCACAAUCACCAUCAUCAUCAUCAUCAUCAUCGACUGGACGAUCACCAACAUCAUUGUCACGUCGACACGCCGUGCUCUUCGCCGGGCGACAUUAACGAUGUUACUAAAAGACACCGGCAACCUGAUGACAAUGACAAAGAUUAUACCAGGAACUGCAACGACGAUCUCCAAGACCCAAACGAGAAGGACAAGCCCGGUGACCUGAACACGCCGGUUACCACCAGCAGCGAUCUACCGUCCUUCUUUGGCCCCUCCGCACUGGUCGAACCGCCACCGAUCUCAGGCAGCCUGGCGGGCGAAGACCUCUCUUUGGAAGAGGCAACAGCGGAGGAAGACGAGAACGGUGGUCCAGCCAGUAGGGAUCAUCGUUCGCAUCACCAUCAUCAUCACCAUCAUCAAGAAACACAGGAUAGCGGUACGACGGGUGGACCAUCCUCUGAUAGUCCGUCGCGUCAUCAUCAAACUCAGGAAGAUGCGGAUCGUUGUAACGUUUUACAAGGCGGCGUUAUACUAUAUUCCUCGCCUCAUUCCACGUCGUCGGUCUCAACGACCGCCGCAACAAGCGUCAACAUUUGCAACGUUCCGACCUUAACCUACCGUGGUGUCUUUACGACUACCUGUACGCAGUCGCCGCCGCUUAACAGUCUACAGACUCAACAACAGCAGCAGCAACAGCCGCAGACCAGUAACCAAGAACUUUGGGCUCCUCUACCCUCGCCGACAUUGACAUUAACCGGGCAAACUUUUCUCCACCCGACCCUCCACUCAAGCCCCUACGGAAACGAGACGGUCGAGCUACUACAGGUCGAAUCGAAACCACCUCCACCUCCCGGUUACCACGACACACCAACGACGACCCCAUCGGCGUGGUUAACGCCACACGAGGAAACCUACGACCCUGGUCUUCUCUCCCAUCAUCAUUCUCAUCAUCAUCAUCAGGAGACUGCGCUUAAGCAGGAGCCAACGGGCACGAGCGGUUACCCUAGUACCGUCCAACAACCUCAACAACAACAGCAACAGCAACAACAACAACAACAGCAACCACCGCCACCACCUCAAGGACCUCAACCACAGCAACAACAACAGCAACAACAGCAACAACAACAACAACAACAACAACCAACCGGUACUACCGGUGUCCAACUAGCAGAGUACAAUCCUAGCACGUCGAAGGGCCACGAAAUUCUAUCGCAGGUGUAUCAACAGAGCGCCCUACCCCUCAGGCUGGUACCAGUUAAACCGCGAAAAUAUCCGAAUCGACCGAGCAAAACACCGGUUCACGAGCGCCCUUACGCCUGUCCGGUUGACGGCUGUGACCGUAGAUUCUCGCGAAGCGACGAAUUAACCCGGCACAUUCGAAUCCACACAGGACAAAAACCGUUCCAAUGUCGUAUCUGCAUGCGUUCCUUUUCGAGGAGCGACCAUUUAACCACCCACGUACGCACUCACACAGGCGAAAAGCCGUUUUGUUGCGAUCAGUGCGGACGAAAGUUUGCUAGGAGCGACGAAAAGAAGAGGCACGCUAAGGUGCAUCUCAAACAGAGACUGAAACGCGAGGCUACAGCACAUGGCAAUCCGAGAACUCAUUCACAGGCACACUCGUCACCUACUUGCAAUCAGUAACGAGCAGCUUGACUUUCGUUUCUGUAUUUGCGCGUCGCCGAUGUUGGCGCCGAUCAGACUCCAUCUGAUUCCCCCCCCCCAACCCACUCUCUCUCUCUCUCUCUCUCUCUCUCUCUCUCACUCUCUCUCUCUCUCUCUGCCCUCUCACUCACUCACUUACUCACUCUUUUUCUCUCUCUCUCUCUCUCUCUCU